AAGGGGAGGGGGGGUGUUUGAAUGCUGUGUGCCUCAGUUGACAGUGAUAUAAAACAGAUAGGAGAAAGAGAGAGCGAUGAUUCUAUGGAAAGUGCAUGAAAGUUUGUCAGUGAAAAAUAAACUAGUUUACAUGAAAAACAAUAGGUUUGCUAAGGAAUGCUACAGAAAAAAACGGAUCCGGAGUGUGUUGUAAAUUAAAGUGUAAAGAGACGGUAAGAAAGAACACAACUUCAGCAGUUUAAUAACUUUACAGGAUGCGACUGUUCUGUAACCGUGGUUUAGAAGCGAAUACAUUUCUAAGAUUUCCGCUCUAUUUGCGGUAAGAUCAGUAUUGAGAGAUAAAUAUAUGUUUAACUAAAAAAAAAAAAAAAAAAAAAAGACUUGAAGGGGCAAACACGUUACGCACUUUAUUUAAUUUAAAAUGAUGCACACCAGCGUGUAAGCUGUUAUAAAGUACUGCGGAUCGGUGGGACACAAGCGCUUUCGCUCCGUUUAUUUCACAACACCACACCGCUCAAUUUUACCCCAAGUGAUCCGGAUUAUCUGUUUGAACGCGCCGCAAAAUGCAGCAGGCGCAGCAGGAGUUUCUUUUCAAGGUUCUCGUGAUCGGGGAUCUCGGCGUGGGGAAGACUUCCAUCAUCAAGCGGUACGUGCAUCAGGUCUUCUCCCAACACUACAGAGCGACCAUCGGGGUGGAUUUUGCACUGAAGGUGCUCAACUGGGACAAUAACACAGUAAUUCGACUGCAGUUGUGGGACAUAGCAGGUCAGGAGCGCUAUGGGAACAUGACCCGGGUGUAUUACCGGGAGGCGGUGGGGGCCUUCGUGGUGUUCGACGUGGCGCGGGCCUCCACCUUCGACGCCGUGCUCAAGUGGAAGAGCGACCUGGACUCCAAGGUGACCCUCGCCAACGGCAAGCCCGUCCCCGCUGUCCUGCUGGCCAACAAGGCUGACCAGUCACGGGACGGCCUGAGCCCUCAGCUGCCCAAGCUCGACCAUUUCUGCAAGGAGCACGGCUUUGCAGGCUGGUUCGAGACCUCCGCCAAGGAGAACACGAACAUCGUGGAGGCGGCGCGCUGCCUGGUGGAGAACAUCCUGACCAACGAGGAGGGCUCCGGAGGGGACUCGGACCCUGAGAUCGUCCUGCCCGGCCUCAACAACAACACCAAACACAGCGGCAGCAGCUGCACGCUCUGCUCCAGGUUUUAGAGGACCGCUGCUGGACAGGAGGGGACAGAAACGAGAACAAAGAAACAAGUGUGAUUUCCACCUGCGUGUCCGAAAGCAUCGGGGAUGGACUGUGAGGCAGGCAGAAACCAAGGCUGUGUGGCCUGGAGAUUAGAGAUUGUGUCGUAGUCCUUCGAGCUGAGAGGUGUGAGAGGAUUCCCCCAGGUGUGCAUUACCUCCCCUCCAGAUGAAGGCUGGUUUUGCAGCUCUGCUGUCGUCCCCACCGGCUCAUGCUGAUUUUCUGUAACCUCCAUGUUUGAUUCAAAGCGUUUCUCUUGUCUUUCUCAUGUUUGACACGUUUUCUUGUCCUCGCAAAUAAAAAUUUCCUAAUACUUC